UGUAAAAAAGUAUUUUUUUAAGUGCAAAAAUAAGUGUGAGAAAAGUAUCUCUAUAAAAGGAAAUUAUAGUGCAUAGUGUAUUUAAAAAUAGUUUUCAAAUUACAUUUGAAACAAAAAAUUUGCACCAAAAAAAGAUGCCACGUAUAUCACAAUUGUCACAGGAGCAACGCCGACAAGCUGCUUUAAAUAGAAGCAGGGCUCGCUACGAACAAAAUGCAUCCCAAAUAAGGAUUCGGAAUUCUGAACACAUCGCCAAUGUUCGCGCCAAUAACCCGGAACUGCGGGAGGAAAGUCGGGCACGGGAAGCCACAGCGCGCGCCACUUGGAGGCGAAGUGAAAGAAUCCGUAACAUUGAGCGAAUUCGGGAUGCUGAAGGACAUGCUCAUCGCCGACAGGACCCCGAGGAGCGCCGACGAGAGCAGGUGCAAGAUACUGCUCAUCAUGCCACUCGGAGGACCGAUCCGGAGUACCAAAUUCGCGAACGGAUUCGGGAUAUGGAGGCACGUGCCAAUACCCGAGAGGACCCCCAGGAGCGCCGACGAGAGCAGGUGCUCUCGUCUUUUAGAAAAAAAUACUUUAAAAAAUUAAAUGAUAUUCCACAUUUGUUUUUACACCCUGGGACCAUUUUCAUAUAA